UGACAAGCUGUCUAGAAAGUAAAAACAUAAAACAUAACCUAAAUGAUUUGACGAUGGCUAUGUUUAGGGCUUUAGGAAGAAAUAUUCCUUUUUUAAAAGAACAAUUUGGAGCACUCUUAGGCAAUACUAGUACUUCCGUAAAAUUUAUAUGUGGAGUAGUACUUUUAAGUUAUGGGUUAUCCUUCUCAGAUGAAGCUGUCAGAGUGAUAUCUGUUACCCCUGGCUAUUUAAUGCCACCAUCCUUUUGGAUAUGGACGACUUUUACGUUCUGUUUCAUGGAAAUACAUUUUUAUGAAGUGUUAGUGGACAUUGUAACUGUGGGACUUUGUGGGAAGCUGAUAGAACCUUUAUGGGGACAAAUGGAGAUCAUGACUUUCUUUGCUAUAGUUAAUUUGGGUGUAGCUGUAUUGACCACUGCGUUUUACUUUAUUUUAUAUUGUUGCACCUUUAACACAGAGUUUCUGUUUAGUGUACACAUACAUGGAUUAGCUGGAUACAUUGCUGGAGUUUGUGUAACAGUGAAACAGAUCAUGCCUGAUCUAGUUAUAUUGAAGACACCAUUUGGAAAAAUAAGCAAUAGAAAUGUACCAUUAACAGUAUUUUUCUUAUCUGUCGUAGUUAAGCUUAUAGGACUUGUUGAUGGUACUUAUCCAACAAUGUUUUUCAGUGGGAUGAUUGUUAGUUGGGUGUAUCUGAGGUUUUAUCAGAAACAUUCUAAUGGCACCAGAGGAGAUAUGGCAGAUUAUUUUACAUUUGCAAGCUUUUUCCCCAAUGUCAUUCAACCACCAAUUGCAGUUUUAAGUAACGUAAUUCACACGGGUUUGGUUAAAAUAGGAUUAUGUAGAAAGGUAGUUAGAAAGUUUGAUAUGUCCAAUCCAACUGGUGUUACAGUUACAGUCCCUAUUGCAGAUCAGCAUGAUAUGGAAAGACGAAGACAAAUCGCUCUAAAAGCCCUAAGCGAAAGGUUAUCGAAGUCAUACAGCGAUAAACAACCGUUGUUACCACCGAAACAAAGUCCAAAAACGUUACUACCACUUCACGCACCGUCAACAUCGAAACAAAUCCACCAGAGUCCCCAAAUUUUGCCCAAAGCACAAUCUGACAUCAGUCCUCCGAUGAACAUAACCCAAAAAUCAGAUGAGUAACAUUUAAGUCUUAACCUAAAGUAUGUAUAGAAUUGUUACAUUAUUUUGUAAUAUAUGUGAAGUCUUAUUAAGAAAAUAAAGUAUUUAUUGUUCGUAA